AUGGCGACAGAAGUCAUCGUGCGCGAAUCGCGCCGGCGGUAUAUCUGGCCCGAAGUACAGCUGAAUCUAUGGAUAUUUAUUGUGUUGGCCGGGUCGUCGACUGUGCUGGGCAUCAAUGCGUGGUUCAUCGCCGUGCAGGACCAGCUGAGGAUCGGAGUUCCGUGGCUAUUCCCCUUCGCCGUCAUCUGCGGCUCGCUCACCAUCAUCUUCCUCAUCGUCAUCCUCAUCCUCGCCGCCCGCCGGUUACUCAUCCCGGGCAUCAUCCUCCUGGGCAGCUUUGUCCUCUUCGUGCUGUGGGUGACGACCCUGAUAGAGACCGCCAUCCAACUGUACGGCGACGGCAACGUCAACAGCAACUGCAGCAACUUUGUGCAGAACCAAGAAUACCACGGCGUGUCGAUAGAGACACUGGCCUGGCUCACGCAGAGCAACAUCUGCGCGUGUUGGAAGGCCAGUUUUGCGUGGAGCAUAAUACUGGCCGUGCUGUUUCUGUGGAUGAUGAUACUGAGUUGGCAGGUGCAGAAUUAUGACUGA